AGGAAAUGACCUUCUGUGUAGUGAUGAGUUUACAAUUGCCCUGACCCUGUAUAUAGAUGAUUUUGAGGUUGCUAAUCCAUUAGGGACAUCAAGGGGGAAGCAUAAGAUGUGUGCGAUAUACUGGACCAUUGCGAACAUACCAGCAAAAUACAGAUCGACACUUAAUUCAAUUCAGCUGGCACUUUUGUGCAAUACAACAACAGUUAAAGAGUAUGGCUAUGACAAAGUACUGUACCCACUCAUUUGUGAUUUAGUCUCUCUUGAGCAACAAGGUGUUUACAUUGAGCACCUUGGUGCAUGUGUCAAAGGAACUGUGUUGUUUGUGUCUGCAGAUAACUUGGGUGCACACUCUCUUGCAGGCUUUUUUGAGAGCUUCUCAGUGGAAAAAUUCUGCAGAUUCUGUAUGGCAUCCAGGACUGACACUCAACUCCAACAGAUGGCCUCCCAAACAAUGACUAUGCGUGUUAUCCUCUGCGACGGGGACAUCAGGAAACUCAUGCUGGCUUCAAGGCCCAGUUCAGUGGACGAUUUGAUCACCUGUCUGAAAAUCACACUCUCACUUCAGUACAAUUUCACUUUACAGUUUAGAGACCCAGAAUUUGAUAAUGAACUUUGCAACCUCACUGAUGUGUCUGAACUCCCAGAUAAACCAACUGUGAAGAUAAUUCCUGUGCUUGAAUUGGUGGAGAUCGCAAGCGAAAAUUUGGAUGAUAGUGUAAGUACAGCCGAUACAGUGCUGCUGUCCACGUCAUCACAGCAGAUGAGAAAGCCAUGGCCUGAUGAGUUUUCCCUCCCCAAGUUCUCUGUAGAUGUAGAAUUUAGACUCCGACAAGGGAAUUUAAGCUACCUCAAGGAUGGAACAUACUUGACCGUUUCAAAAGAGUUGAAACACGACAUUCUCCACAAGAUAGCUGAAACCCUAUAUGCAAGGUUCAAAGCAUACCCCCAAAAAAAGGACCUUAGAGCAGUAGCGAAGGCAUUAAUUGCAGCUCAUCCCUGUCUUCAAGAAACGGCAUCGCCAACUGGUUACGAUGGAUGGAUACAGAGCCUAGCGGAUAAGAUGGGUAACUACAGGUCAAAAAUGAGGGCCCUGGGACACGAGGAUGUCAAGGUGAAUUCUGGUAAACGUGGAAGACACUCUGUUGGUGGGGAGCCACCAAACAAGAGCAUCAAGAAACCGAAAAAAGGGGAAGUCAAUUUCCUACCCAAUUUUCCAGACGGACAUGAUGCCACGAGCCUUGAAAAGGCCCGACAACUACUGGUGGAUGAGAUGAAAAAGAAGAACCCAGAUGCAGUCUUCAUCAAUCAGCAGAUGGACUUCACGUUGUCUCUUAGAAGAAAGGAGGUUGUGAUGGACAAGCCUCCUGUAAGCCAGAUGAUACAGCGUUGGCCGGCUCUCUUUGUUGAAAAUCAGGUCUCCCAGGAAUUCAGCAGAGUGGUAGGGAAAAACCUGAAACAGGAAUUCUAUGAGUCUCUGGAUGCCUCUUUGCCCUAA